AUGGCUGCCCAGACGACACCCAAGACCUGCAGGGUCAUUACCGCCGAGACAAUCUCCAAGGGUUACCUGCAAGAGGUCAAGGACACGCUUGCCAAGGUGCUCGGCGACAGCAACCGCAAGCCUACGCUCGCGGCUUUCCUCGCCAAUGAUGACCCAGCCGCCAUCAAGUACGCCGAAUGGUCCAAGAAGACUUGCGAAGAAAAUGACUUUGCCUUUGACCUGCGCACCGUCGACAAGGAUCUUCUCGAGGAGGAGAUCAUCAAGGCCAACGAUGAGGACGACGUCGACGGCAUCAUUGUCUACUACCCCAUCUUUCAGCAGAACCCGACGCACGACAAGUACGUGCAGGAGACGGUCGAUCUCGGCAAGGACGUCGAGGGUCUGCGCCACAAGCAUCUGCAAAACAUGUACCACAACGUGCGCUUCAUCGACGCGCCGGCCAAUACGAAAAAGUCGAUUCUGCCGUGCACGCCACUCGCCGUGGUAAAGAUCCUCGAGUACCUGCAAAUCUACAACCCGAUCCUGGCGACCGGCAACCGACUGUUUGGCAAGACCAUCACCGUCAUCAACCGCAGCGAGGUCAACGGGCGGCCGCUGGCCGCGCUGCUGGCCAAUGACGGCGCAACCGUCUACUCGGUCGACGUGACCGGCGUGCAGCUCUUCACGCGCGGGCAGGGCAUCAAGAACCCGCGCCACCGCGUCGAGGACAAGGAGGGCUGGGGCCUCGCGCAGUGCCUGCCGCUAAGUGACGUGGUCAUUGGCGGCGUGCCCGUCGAGUCGUUCAAGGUGCCGACGGAGCUGCUCCGCGAGGGCGCCGUGUGCAUCAACUUUUCGUCGUACAAGAACUUUGACGGCCCGGCCGUCAAGGAAAAGGCGUCCAUUUACGUGCCGUCGGUCGGCAAGGUGACGAUUGCGAUUUUGCUGCGCAACCUCGUCCGUCUCAUCGCCAACCGUCCUCCCAAGAACUCUGACGAGGGCCUGGUGCAGGCCAGACACGACGCCUUUAUGGAUGAUUAA